AAUAGCUUAGGCAGCAUCUCGAAUUGGAGCAGGACGGCAGUGCCCUCUUUAGCCGAAACUGCUAAAUCCGACUAGGUGCAUCACGAAUUGGGGCUCCCCUUCUCCUCCAGGACGUGCUCAUGGAGCCCCAAUCGCCCGGCUCGCCGGCGUCGCCACCCUCUCCGGGCAAGGUGAUGUCACCAGAGCUGCCUGAGCCUUCUCGAGAAAUGUCAUCGCCGGAGGAGGAGGCCCCUGUCAAUCCCGACAGGAAGUCAUCAUCGUCCUCUUCUUCGUCAUCCUCUUCGUCGCGCGUCCCCUUGGCCGGGUGCGUUUUCCAUGUCGAAGCGGCCGAGAUGAGCACCCCGUUGGUGGUGGAAGCGCAAAACGACGACGGCGAUCAUGCCGAUGCAGGCGCCGGCACUGACGCAAAACUACCCGGCGACUGGGCGUCGUGGCCAGAGCCGUCACCACCCAAGACCGUUGAUGACGACCCGUCGUCGUCCGACGGCGGCACGGUGUCGGUGGCGCCGGAAUCCCAGACGAUGGCGGAGAUGGAGGGUUUCAACCCGGACAGGAUCCCGGCGUCCAUCUUCCAGCCCAAGACGUCGGCGUCGCAGCAGGAGUGGAGCAUCGCGUCCAACGAGUCGCUGUUCAGCAUCCACGGCGCCAGCCAGAGCCAGUCGGACGACUUCUACGCCCCCAGCAGGUCCCACUUCGACUACUUCUACGACGAGGCCAUGGCCGCCGGCGCCGAGCCGAACGGGAAGCUACCGCCGCUCGCCGAGGUGUCGGAGCAUGGAGGCGGCACCGUGCCGGGCAGCGCGGUGUCGGACGCCAGCGACGGGAGCGCAGCGGCCAGCAAGGCGGCCAUGGCGUUCCGGCGCCACGAGAGCGGCUCAUUAGGCAGCUCCAGCAAUUUCUCCUUCGCCUUCCCAAUACUCGCUGAGCCGUCGGCGGGGAAGAAGGAGAGCAUGGGCGGCUACCAGCAGCUGCAGAAGGAACACGAGCGGUCGCCGCCGACACCCUCUGAACGAAAGUCGCAGUUCGAGGAGAUGACGACGGAGGAGGAACGGCGGAGGAGGAAGACGAGUUGGUGCUGGUACGAGGAGUGCUGUGGCCGCUGCUGGCUCAUCUGCUCAUGGUCCACCUGCUGCUGCUGCUUUCAAUGGCGGUGGAACUGCUGCUCCUGCUCCUGCUCCUGCCCGAGCUUAUGCCGGUGCAGCUGGUGCCUCUGAUCCAGAGCUAGAUUUUGGAGGGAAAAGGAUACCGAACAUAGAUCUUAACUUUCAAAAGUAGGUGUUGUGAAGUGAACAGCAGAUGAUGAUUAGUGAGCAUUUCAAGACAGGCAGAUCCCAUCUCUGCCCGUGUUCUAGGAGGAUUAAGCAUGCAGACGGGGUUGGGAUGUACAGAGAUGCAGUGUAAUGUUAACAGGGAACACAAAGUGCAAACAUGUGUGGUUUUGUUAGGACAAA